CUCCCUACUAUACUACAUGUUUCUGUGUAUAUGGAUCCAGGCUAGCUGCUGCUUCUUUGCGGGUUGGUAGAAUUUUUCGGAACUUCUCACGAGUAUGGCGACUUGAAACACACAUUUUGACCUUUUGUGAUUGAACUGCCAGCAGUGCAUUUCGUUUUGUUUGUCUGCUUUGUUUAUUUAAGCGCCGCAGUUCCGAGUGUUGUUGCCAUCUCAACACGAUUCUUUAACCUUCCACAGCAAGCUAGCAGCUAUAGCUAGCCUCCACAGAUAGCCUUCCAUACGCGAUCAUUUCACGUUUUUAAUACAUUUGUGUAUCUACAAGAGCACACGCCAGCUGUAGUAUCUUAAGCAAACGUUUUUUGUUUGAGAGGAAACAUGUCAGGAGCUAACAGAGGACAGGGCAGCGCGGCGAGUGAGUUUCACAACCAAGAGAAUAUGCUGUCACGACUGAGAGGCUCGCUAAAAGCCCGAGCUGCUGCAAGUGAGAACCAAGAGAACCUGGCACCGAAACAAGCCGCCAGCAGCAGAACCGUCCUAGGAGCCCUGCAGAACAACCUGCGGAGCAAAGCCCAGAACCAGCGCGGCACGAAACAGGAAUCAUCACAAUCCGCGUCCUGCAAAAAUGAAGAUUUGGGCAAAAGCUGCUCGGAGAAGCCUUCCACCAAGCUGCCAGCUUUCCAGAUCCAUGUGGAUGAGCCUGAUGGCGCCUGCAUCAAGAAGCCACAGACGGUGGUCGACGCUGUCAAAGCAAAGUCCAUCACUGAAGAGGCUUCCAUCACAAUCAGUGCUGUGGCACGGCUCCGACAGCCCCUGGCUACCAUUGACAUGCCAUCAGCAAUGGAUGUCAGCUUUGACUCUCCCAUGGACAUGUCUGUGGUUGAGGGGGAGGAGAAACCAGUUGAUGUAAACGACGUCCCAGAAUAUGCCGCUGAAAUCCACACGUACCUGAGGGAGAUGGAGCUUAAAACCAGGCCUAAAGCGGGCUACAUGAAGAAGCAGCCGGACAUCACCAACAGCAUGAGGGCCAUCCUGGUGGACUGGCUGGUCGAGGUUGGAGAAGAGUACAAGCUCCAGAAUGAGACACUUUAUCUGGCUGUAAACUACAUCGAUCGCUUCCUCUCCUCCAUGUCUGUCCUGAGGGGGAAGCUUCAGCUGGUGGGCACCGCUGCCAUGCUGUUGGCUUCGAAAUUUGAAGAGAUCUACCCCCCAGAGGUGGCAGAGUUUGUUUACAUCACAGACGACACCUACACAAAGAAGCAAGUGUUAAGAAUGGAGCAUCUGGUGCUUAAAGUGCUCUCCUUUGAUCUGGCAGCGCCAACCAUCAACCAGUUUCUCACACAGUACUUCCUCCAUCAGGCGGUUAACAAACAGGUGGAGGGUCUUGCAAUGCAUUGUUUUCAGUAUCUCGGGGAGCUCAGUCUGGUUGAUUCAGAUCCCUUCUUGAAGUACCUCCCAUCACAGACAUCUGCUGCAGCCUACGCCCUGGCAAACCACACGGUGACUGGUGGCUCAUGGCCAAAGUCCUUGACAGAGAUGACGGGCUACUCCCUUGAAGAUCUGAUGCCAUGCAUUGAAGAUCUGCACCAAACUUGCCUCAAUGCUGCUCAGCACUCCCAGCAGUCUGUUCGGGAGAAGUACAAAGGCCCCAAGUACUCUGAAGUUUCCCUCAUCGAUGCUCCAACGAAAUUGCUGCUGAACUAACUUCUCCCUCUCCCCAUGUCAAUGUAGAGUUUUGUACCCCGUCAAUCUUUAAUAUUUUUUUUUAAAUGAUGUGUGCCACAAUUUCAAAUGACAUGGCCUGCUCUUCUUGGAGUAGCGCACGAUGUUUAGAGUUUUUAAAGGUAUUUUUAUAUACUCAAUCCUGACAUAGCAGAUGCUACAGUUGUGUUGGUUAAUCAAGCAGUUUUAAUGUUGACUUUUAGUCGCAGACAAAAUGUAAAGGUCGUAUCACCACUGUCUGCUUUAAUCUACAGACCUAUGAUGAGCUUAACUCUGAACCUGUUUUUCCACUUUUUAAUGGUUUGAGUUGCUGGCAGUUAACCUUUGACCUCAUCGGAUGCAGAUUAAAGUACGUUUUGUCUAAUGGAGUUGGCUGUCUCAUUAAAUUGGUGUCUUGGAAGUUAACAGCUUUUCAAGGCUCCAUCUGCACUGUAAAAUAUGGCUCUUGUAAAUAAAAUUCAUUUAAAGAAAGAC